AGGAAGAGUCGCUCUCCUCAUCUGGCAGCCAUCUUGGGGUGGUAUUGGCGGACUUUCGGUUCCUAAUGCGCAGGGCGAUCACGCGCUCCCAUUGUGUGGAAGAGAGCAGGAGGUCUGCAGGUACCAGAGAGAUGUGAUACACAAUAUAUAGGCCUACUUUGGUUUGACCCUUUUCAUCAUGAUCAACAGUAUGAGGGAAUCUAUAUUUGGAAAUAGAAAAAUCUUUUCAUUGGGGAGCAGAGCUGCAAUAUGAAGAAUAUAAGAUCAGAUAUCAAUUUUGGCUACUUGAGCAGCUGCAAUAUACUAUUCUGACUGUAGUAGUCUGGAUACAAUGAAGGUGAAAAUCAAGAGCUGGCAUGGAGUUGCCUCUUGGCUCUGGGUUGCUAAUGAUGAGAACUGUGGCAUUUGUCGAAUGGCUUUUAAUGGAUGCUGCCCAGACUGUAAGGUGCCUGGAGAUGAUUGUCCUCUUGUGUGGGGACAGUGUUCACACUGUUUCCACAUGCACUGCAUACUGAAGUGGCUUAAUUCUCAACAAGUUCAACAGCACUGUCCAAUGUGCCGACAGGAGUGGAAGUUCAAAGAGUGACCAUGGCAAAACUUCUCUCCCUCUUCUCCACCAGCUUCCUUUGGAUCUCAUGAACCCAUAAAGCUUGUUGAGAUUUCAUCCUCUUCCAUCCCCUGAACAUUAUACAUACCUUUUGAGUUCCCACAAUUGCUAAUAUCAAGAUAGAAUCAAGGAGAAGAAAACUGUUACUGUAUAUUACUAUGUUUUCUCAAUACCAUUAUCCCAUGUGGAGAUGUUGUCCUAAUAUGUGGUAUAGUAAGAGCUGAGCUUUCAAAAUCUAUAAAAUAUGAACAGAGUGAUGGCUAUUUUAGUAUGAAGGCUACAAGCAAGUAAACAUCCAGUUUCAAUCUUAGUAAUUGACUGGAAUGUAAUAAAUUUGAUUUGUGCAAGAUAUGUGCCUCAGCUGUAUUAAUGAUUAAGACUAUUGUUUUAAAUACUGUUAAAUGUGUAUUUUCCACUGCAACAUAGAAUACCUAAAUCUCACUUUUCUUGUGAUGUGUAUUACUGAUGCCUUGUUUCAGUGUACAAAUAAAAAUUCUUGGUUCUUGA